CAAUCGUUCAAGGCGAAGGUUGUGCGCGAGCGAAUUUGAUAAAAUAUAAAUAAACAGUUUUUAAAGCAAAAUUUUAGUUUUAUAAAAAGAUGGGUUUGUUGAGUGUGUUACCGAGCGCUGACUAUCUGCGUGACAUUCUGCUCUUGGCCCUGUUUUCGGCCAUCAUUGCCACUCUGCUGAGCAUUCGCUUCUAUUUGCGCAUUACAGCCGGCAGAUGCUUCACUGAGACGAAAAUGGAAGGAAAAACCGUCAUUAUCACAGGCGCCAACAGUGGCAUUGGCAAAGAAACCGCACGCGAUCUGGCUAAGCGCGGAGCGCGCAUCAUCAUGGCUUGCCGAAAUCUGGAGACGGCUAACGCUGUUAAAGAGGAAAUCACCAAAGAGACUGGCAACAACAAAUUGAUUGUUAAGAAAUUGGACUUGGGCUCACAGAAAUCGGUACGUGAAUUUGCUUCCGAUAUCGUGAAGAAUGAACAGAAAAUCGAUGUAUUAAUUCAUAACGCCGGUAUGGCGCUGGCGUUCCGCGGGCAAACCAGCGAAGAUGGCAUUGAGCUGACCAUGGCUACCAAUCAUUAUGGUCCAUUCUUGCUUACCCAUUUGCUAAUCGAUGUUCUGAAGAGGAGUGCACCAUCGCGUAUAGUUAUUGUUGCUUCCGAAUUAUAUCGCUUUGCUUCGGUUAAUUUGGAUAAACUCAAUCCGAUCGGUUCAUUCCCGGCUGCCUAUUUGUACUAUGUGUCGAAAUUCGCCAACAUCUACUUUGCACGUGAAUUGGCCAAACGCUUGGAGGGCAGCGGCGUGACGGUGAACUUUUUGCAUCCCGGAAUGAUUGAUUCGGGUAUCUGGCGUAAUGUGCCUUUCCCUCUCAAUUUGCCUAUGAUGGCUAUAACGAAGGGAUUUUUCAAGACACCCAAGGCAGGUGCACAAACAACAAUUUACCUGGCUACCUCAGACGAAGUGGCUAAUGUGUCGGGCAAGUACUUCAUGGAUUGCAAAGAGUCUACUCUAAGUGCAGCGGCUAUGGAUGAGGAAAAGGGCAGGAAAUUGUGGGAAGAGUCGCUGAAGAUUGCCAAGGUGACUCCACAAGAUCCAAAAAUCUAAAUAGGCCAAAAGGCACUGAAUAACUUGGCUAAUAUAUAUAGUAUAUAUUAUAUUUUUUGCAAUCCUUAGUGAAAUAAUAUACAUUUCUAUAAGAUACAAAUAUGUACUCAUAAUUUAAGCUUCAUAGUGUGCAAUACGCAAUAUUGAUGGAAUAAUGAAACACAAGUGAAAUGCGCCAA